AAUGGGAAUGGAGCCAAGUGAGCAAGCUAGAUGGAGUUAGUGCUUGCUGUUUUGGCAAGAAGUGAGGGACACUAACAGGGUCAGUAAACCCAAGACACUGGGACAGCUUCUAGGAGCAGGUUUGGGGAAAUACAUUGGCCUCAUCAGGCAGCGUGGUCUCCUCUUCUGAAAUGGGGACAGGCUGGGCAGCUAGAAAGGUUAUUGUGGUUCUCCCUUUACUACUGCCGGGGCUGUCCACCGACUCCCUCCACCUCCCUCCGCAUUCUGUCCUCUCGCCCGGGAUCCACGGAUUGUUUUCGUCCUCUUCGGCGUUUGGACAUUUGCUGAUGGUUCCCGAAGUUUUGCUGCCGAGUCCGCAGAAAGGAAUUGCGCCGGGUUCCCCAGGAGAGCGCAGAGCGGAAGCGGAAACGGCGACGCUGGCGCCGGCGGCCGGGUGGCCAGGAACGGAAGCGGAAGUGGCGGCGGCGCCGGCCUGGCCUGGCCUGGCUGAGGGGAGGCGGCGGGCGGGAGCGAUGGCGGAGGCCGGGCCACAGGCGCCGCCGCCCCCGGGCACCCCAAGCCGGCACGAGAAAAGCUUGGGACUUCUCACCACCAAGUUCGUGUCGCUUCUGCAGGAGGCCAAGGACGGCGUGCUUGACCUCAAGCUGGCAGCUGACACCCUUGCUGUGCGCCAGAAGCGGCGGAUUUACGACAUUACCAACGUGCUGGAAGGUAUCGGGCUGAUCGAGAAAAAAUCCAAGAAUAGCAUCCAGUGGAAGGGUGUGGGGCCUGGUUGCAAUACUCGGGAGAUUGCCGACAAACUGAUUGAGCUCAAGGCUGAGAUCGAGGAGCUGCAGCAGCGGGAACAAGAACUGGACAAGCACAAGGUGUGGGUGCAGCAGAGCAUCCGGAAUGUCACAGAGGACGUGCAGAACAGCUGCUUGGCCUACGUGACUCAUGAGGACAUCUGCAGAUGCUUUGCUGGAGAUACCCUCCUGGCCAUCCGGGCCCCGUCGGGCACCAGCCUCGAGGUGCCCAUCCCAGAGGGCCUCAAUGGACAGAAGAAGUACCAGAUUCAUCUGAAGAGUGUGAGUGGCCCCAUUGAAGUGCUGCUGGUGAACAAGGAGGCAUGGAGCUCGCCGCCUGUGGCGGUGCCUGUGCCACCACCUGAAGAUCUGCUCCAGAGCCCGCCUGCUGUCUCUACCCCUCCACCUCUGCCCAAGCCUACGCUGGCCCAACCCCAGGACACCUCACGCCCAAGUAGUCCCCAGCUGACCACCCCCACCCCUGUCCCUGACAUCACUGAAGCCCAGGGGGUGCCUGGUCCAGCAACUGAGAUCACAGUGAGUGGCGGCCCUGGACCAGAUAGCAAGGACGGUGGGGAGCUCGGCUCCCUCCCCCCGGUCCUGGCAGCCCUGGACACCCGGCCACUGCAGUCCUCCGCCCUGCUGGACAGCAGCAGCAGCAGCAGCAGCAGCAGCUCAUCCGGACCCAACCCUUCUACCUCCUUUGAGCCCAUCAAGGCAGACCCCACAGGAGUUCUGGAACUCCCCAAAGAGCUGUCAGAAAUCUUUGAUCCCACACGAGAAUGCAUGAACUCAGAGCUGCUGGAGGAGCUGAUGUCCUCAGAAGUGUUUGCCCCCCUCCUCCGCCUUUCUCCACCCCCUGGAGACCACGAUUACAUCUACAACCUGGACGAGAGUGAAGGUGUCUGUGACCUCUUCGAUGUGCCUGUUCUCAACCUCUGACUGACAGGGACAUUCCCUGUGUGGAUGGGACACAGACUGUGUGACCUGGGGGGCUGCCUGAGGACCUCCCCCACUAUACCCCUACACAGCUUGAGAGCCACAGACUCCUGGCUUCCCCAGCCUUCCCUCACUGCAAUUCUGAAAACUCCCACUCCUCCACGAGCACCUGUACCGUGCUAGGAAAGCAGGGGCAAGGGGCUCGGCCCUCUUUGCCAUGGAGCCAGAGUGUUUGCCUCUCCUUUUCUGGGGCUCUUCCCCCACCUCAUGCCCUCUCCGAGCCCUCUCAGAGCCCAGGCUCGGCUGCCACUCAGUGGCACAGAACUGAAGACCUGCCAUCACCUGCAUAGGGCAGCUUGUCCAGCCCCCACUGCCCUGUUGCAGCCAAUACCUCCCAGUCUGAGGAGGGAAGCCUGGGGUGGAGCCAGAAGCUUGCCAGCACUACCCCUAGCCUCCUUCGAGUCUCCCCACCCCUGACCCUGCAGCUCCCCCUGGACCUCUCCCAUGUACUCCCCCAUCUGCUGGGCUCUUAGUCCCAGGACCUAUAGGUGGUGGGGUUGGGGGGUGCUGCUAACAGGAAGGAACAGAGAGGUCUUUAGCUAGAAAUUUGGGUGGGUAAGCCCCUGAGGAUUGGCCCAAUCUGCUGCCCUGUAGGUCCCCCGCCUUGUUUAUUCAUUUACCCUCAUUUAGAGCCAUUUGCAGAGAUUUAGAAAGAUUUGCAGUAACGAAUGGAUUCCUAUAUAAAGAUUAUUUUUAUACUUUUUGCAGCAAAAGGAAAUUGUAAUAUUUGUACAGUAUCCAAGUGAAUAAAGACCAUGCCUAAGGCUA